GCUACUGUCUGAGAGAAGCCGCAGAAAUGCCUUGGCGCAGGACCCGGAGACGUCAUGGAUUCCUGAGUGUGGGGCUUUGCAGGAAAGCCCUGAGUCUCCGACAUGGACCGGCUCCAGGUUUCCAUGGCAAAGGCGCACAAACAGGAGGAAACACUGAGGGAAUCCCGUUAUUUUACAGCAUUGGAGCAUUAUAAACACCCAGAGCGGGGAAGGAAGCCGCUCUUGAUACACAAGUAAUCCUUAUAGAGCUCGAGGAAGGGGGACUUCAUACCAGAUCCACUGCUGGAGCUGCUGCGGCUUGAUGCUUUUUUAGAAAAGAAAGGGAGUUUACGCGCAGCUGCUGUGUCGCAGCUUGAAGUUUAGUCUUCUUUCGACAAUUUUUUAACCGAAGAGAGCUUCCUCUGCUAUGGUUAUUAGCGGAAAGCCCUAAAUUUUUCUUUUUAUUUCUUUUUUUUUCCCCAUUUUUUUCUCUCUCUCCCUCUCCAGAUGUUUAGAGAGACUUGGAUGCUGGCACAGUACCACACCAUGCGCUCGAUGGAUCAAGAUGACCCCAACCUUGCACCUCACAAAGUCCUCAGCCCUGAGUCUGAGCAGGGAUUCCACCUGGAGGAGGCCUCCCCAUACGGCAUCAAGUCCUGCAGUCCCUCCUACAGCACCGAAGUUCUCUCUGGGUAUGAGAACCAGGAGGCCAGACACUACCUGGACAAUACCCGGCCUGCAGGCCUCGCCCUGAGCCCGCGGAUCGAAAUCACCCCCUCCCGUGAGCACUACAACCAUGGCCGGGACUCCCUGCAGAACCAGCACCUGAACAUUAGCCCCAGACCCACCCUCACUGUGCCUGGCCAUGAAAACCUUGCCUACCGUGAGCCUCAGUGCCUGAGUCCCGCCAGUAGCAACUCCUCCACCAGCUGGCACUCGGAGAGUUAUUCCCCCUGGGCGUCUCCUUGUGUUUCCCCUAGCAACGGCCAGAACCCUGGUGACCUGUGCCCUAGAUUACAGAACAUCCACACUGGCUCCCCGCGCACCUCUCCAGGCACCUCUCCUCGCACCAGCCUAGCUGAGGACGGCUGCCUGGGACCCCGCUCGCCCUCUUCCAGACCUGGCUCCCGCUCCACCUCCCCACAGUGCAAACGCACCUACGACAUGUACAGAAAUCCAGGCUUAGUGCUUGGGCACCGCUCCCGCAGUCCCUCCCCCCUCAGCAGCCAUGAAGAUCCCAACAUAGGAGCCCCCUAUACACACAGCAACCUAUCCGAUGCCAUGAAUGGUUUUGGUAAUGGUCAGCCAGGCCAGUUGCCCACUAAAUUAGUCAAGACGUCCAACCAGGUUUACACUCUUUACCCAGAGAACCACGUAGAAGGGAACUACCUGGUCUCCUGUGACCAGGACAUAAAAGCCAAACCUGUGGCAGAGCCUUUCUUUGUUAUCCCCCCAAUCUGGUCCAAGCCGCUGGUUUCCAGCAUCUGCAGCAUCCCUGUGGCUUCUCUUCCCCCGCUGGAAUGGCCGAUCCCCAGACGCACAGACCAGUACGAGCUCCACAUUGACGUGCAGCCCAAGCCACACCACAGAGCUCACUACGAGACAGAGGGAAGUAGGGGUGCAGUCAAAGCCCCCACGGGAGGACAUCCUGUUGUGCAGUUACAUGGCUACAGAGGCAAGGAGCCACUUGGUCUGCAGAUCUUCAUUGGUACAGCAGAUGAGCGCAUCCUGAAGCCCCACGCCUUUUACCAAGUCCACCGCAUCACCGGUAAGACCGUCACGACCACCAGCUACGAGAAGGUUCUCCACGGCACCAAGAUCCUGGAGAUCCCCCUGGAGCCAAAGAACAACAUGAAAGCAAUAAUCGACUGUGCCGGGAUCCUGAAGCUCAGGAACGCCGACAUCGAGCUGAGGAAGGGCGAGACCGACGUCGGGCGGAAGAACACCCGCGUUCGUCUUGUGUUCCGUGUGCACAUACCUCAGCCUGGAGGACAGCACGUCUCUCUCCAAGUGGCCUCCCAUCCUAUCGAGUGCUCCCAGCGUUCAGCACACGAGCUUCCCAUGGUGGAGAAGCAGGACAUGGACAGCUGCUCCGUUCUGGGAGGCCAGCAGAUGAUCCUGACUGGGCAGAACUUCAGCUCCGAUUCCAAAGUCAUUUUUCUGGAGAAAACCCAGGAUGGGCAGCAAAUCUGGGAAAUGGAAGCAACAGUGGACAAAGACAAGAGCCAGCCUAGCAUGCUGUUUGUCGAGGUGCCGUCCUACAGAGACUCGUCUGUCUGCCAUUCUGUCAAAGUCAACUUCUACGUCAUCAACGGCAAGAGGAAGCGCAGCCAGCCUCAACAUUUCACCUACACACCACUGGCAUCUCCAUCCAUCAAGACAGAGCCCCUAGAUGAGUAUGAAGCGGACCACAUGGGUUUUGCCAUGCCUCACAUCUUGGGCUUAUCCCCUCAUUCCUACUUCCAUAACCCGCGUGGCGUCCUCCACCCAGACAAUGGCCUGGUCUCCGGCAUGGCCUACCAGCGUCUUAGCUCCAGCCUCCCCAGCCAAGACGUUCGUUUCCAGCAGCACAGCCCAGCCAUCGUCUACUCCCGUGGGGGCAAGAGUUUGAGCGGCGGGCCCGGCCUCUAUCAGCAGACUGGAGGGAUGAUGCCUGACCCCCACCGGUCGGUGCUGGUCCACACGGGCUCCCCGGCUCAGUCUGUAGGUCCCAUCGGUGCAGGCCAGCACCCUUCCAUCAUCCAGUUCUCCCCCAUCAACCACCACCUGCUCCGAGGAGAAGAGCCCCAACCUCUCUCUGCUCCGCAGCCGGACAGCCAGCAGAUCAUCUACUGCGAUGGCUACUCCCCACAGGCAGCCGCCUCCCAGUCGCCCACACCCCCCCAGGCCCAGGCCCAGGCCCAGGCCCAGGCCCAGGCCCAGGCUGUGAACCACCCUGCCCAGCAUUAUCCCACCGUGAUCCAACAGCAGCCAUACGCGCAGAAGACGCAGCAGAAAGGCCGGGCUCCUCCUGGCACGGGGCAGAUGGAGGCUCCAGGAGACGGACAGAGGAGGGUGACGGUCAAGGAGGAGAACUUGGACCAGGCCUACCUAGAUGAUGGUGAGUUGAAUGAGAUCAUAAGAAAGGAUCUGACGGGCGUUCAGGCCAGAGGGCAGACAUAGAGGACAGACCGGAGCAGGAAAUGACAACAACGCCCCCCCCCCCCUCCAGACAGACAGACAGACAAACAUACACACACACACACACACACACACACACACACACAGUCUUCAACCUUCCACUGGUGAUGCACAUCCACCAAAAUUCACUCUUCCUCGUUUUCUUUCACCCAGCAGCAGGUUUCCAACCAACCAAUGAGAAACAGGCAAACGCGCCUUAAGUUUUAGAUUUUUUUGGGGGGGAAAUUGAAGUUUGGAAGCAGUUUUUUUACAGAGAAGUACACAGAUGCAACAAAAUGAAGCAUAUAAAACUCACCUGUUUGCCUUCCACGUGUGCCUCAUACCGGUGACUGACAGUUAUGUAACAUAAGCUCAAAUUUGAUUUUGGUUGGUCAACAGCUUGUAUUUCCUACCAAAGAUUCCGCCCAAUUACAAUACAUCAGAUGUGUCUUGUGGCCAACAGCUCGUUUUAUUCUUCUUGCACAAAGUGUGUACUACACUGUGUGUAACUUCAUCUGUUUUACAUGAAAAUGUUGCCUUUUCAUGCUGAUCAUCUCAUUUUAAGUGCAGUUUUCUAAUGGAAGUGAAGCGCACACUGCCUUAACCAUACACACGUUGACUAUUGUGACGCCUCCUAAUAUGCACUGUUUUCAACAACAGGGGGUCAAUGUUAUUACUUUUUUAUACAUAUAAUAUUUGAGUCAUGUGAAUAAUGUACCGUUUUAUAUUUUUAGAAAAUACAUUGCAUUAUAUUCAGGUUAUAAUGCCGAUGUGGCUCCACAGGGGCCCGUUUUUAAAUGCUUUCUACGCCCAAUCUUUCAAUCUUGCGUUGAAUAUGAUUUUAAAAAUGUAUCUUAACUCUGGCUCGUGCCAGCUGAAGUAAGAGAUUUUGUACUCUCAGAUUUUUGAAAUGGUUUCCUUGCUCUAUGUCUGUCUAUUUUAUUUCUAUUGCUCUUAAAGAUGAUUGUAAUAACAUCGGCUCAAAACCAAAUAUUCCAAAGCUUCUCCUGUUCAUAUUGUGAUAGUAUGAAUUUAUGCAUAAUGACAAUCAGUAUACUCAGUGCUCCAUGGCUGCUUGCUGAUGUAAAGAGCAUACAUUCUGUUUCCGGUUAUUGUCAUCAUAUUAUAUUUAUACACACUGUAAGCACAGUAGGGAAACCCGGUGUGUAUGUGUGCU